ACUAUAGCUAGGGUUUUGUUUCCGUCGUCUGUUCCGGCCGAGGAUCCCAUGUCUGCACCCCAACCGUAGCCGGCUGGGGCUCCCCACCGUCCAAUGUCUCUCCACCAUUUCUCCGCCGUUGAUCCCAUAACCAACGGCCACGAUCCCCGCCUCUCCACCAAGCGAAAGUUUGAUGAUUACGCCCCUACCUUAGACGAAGACGGUGAUGACUCUUCGUUAACCCACAGAAUGCGAAAGGACGAUCAUCACCAUCACACCAAUCGCCCAAUCGACAACCUCCGUUCUUCGCCCGAUGGCGACGCCUCUGACCUUGCCUCCGAUUCCUUUAAUUACUGUGCUUCCUCGUCCAGUGCUCCUUCUUCGUCGGCGACUUGUUCCUCCUCCCGCCUCCAAUUCUUUAUACGGAUGAUCUCCGAGGGGAAUACCAUCGUCAUCCAUGCCAAUUCGGAGGAUACUGUGAAAUCCCUCCACGAGAGGAUUCACGUGAUGACUGGAAUUCCUGUGUACGAGCAGCGCCUUAUUUAUCGCGGCAAACAGCUGCAGUGGGAGCAGUCCCUUGCGGACUGUGAAAUUCAAAACGACGCCGGCCUUCACCUUGUCGGCCGUAUGCGGUCCACCAACCACCCCCAGGCCUGGCAAGCCAUUGACGACAUGAUCUCCGCCAUUCGUCGCCUAUGCCGAGGCGACCUGUCCCCUUGUAAUCUACAGUACGUUAAGGAUGGCGUGCAGAAAUUCUUCAAUCUGGUGCCCAAGGACGAUAAUGAGUCCGCCACUGCUCAUUUGCAGAUAUUUAUGGUCUCGUCAGCCCCGGUGUUUCUGGUGACGCUCUAUAUGUCUCCAAUUGAUGAAAACAGAAGGUGUGCAGAGACUUCCAUUAAACUGUUCCUAAAUUCAUGUAAAACUUCAUUAUCAAAACAUCUGCAUAGUUAUUGCACGCCUAUGGUAUUAGAGUUUUGCAAGCUGCUUAGGAAGGUUGUCAAUGAGGAUAAGGAUAAGGACAAGGAUAAGGAUAAUUUAUAUAAGUUUUGCCGGAGUACUCUGGGGUUCCUGUUAGAGAGUGCUGACAGCAGCACGAGGGGGUUGAAGCAUGGGGAGCAGGGUGAAGGCCUGCUUGUGAUUCAAGAGAUUUUCCCGUUUGUCAGUGAAUUGGCUGACAGGUUGUGUCAGGAUAUGAAGUCAAGUAUAGGGUCAGCUGCGGGCACGGGAAGUGGCACAGGGCCAUCAUCAAAUGAUGUGCGUGAUUUUUCGUCAUUUUUGAGCCCUUUGCGGACUGCUAUUAACCGAGCAGGAUUUCAGGCUCCCAAGGCUAUUCAGUCGCAGAAGAGGGGUUGUGAGGAGCUUGAUCACCUUCAUGCCAUAUUUAAUAAUUUGAUGAAUAAUAUAGAUGAUUGCCUUGCUAGAGUGGAAGAGUGUUUGGCUGUGAAAGUUAAUGGGGGAGCUGAAAGUGCUCCCUGUGGGUGGUUGCAGUAUCUUGCCAUCUUGAAGGAACUCAAUGGCAUUUCAAAACUCUAUAGCGGUGAUGAAGAACGAUUUUGGAUGGUCUUGAAGCAUAGAAAGUCUGCAUUGUGUGCUUUAAUUGUUAGAUUUGCUAAGCGAAUUGAUGAUCAUAGGUGGAUUCUUGAGCAUAAGGAAGUAAUUGAUUUUGAAUCUAGGAGGCAUUUGGCAAUGAUGAUGUUUCCAGACGUUAAGGAAGAUUAUGAUGAGUUGCAUGAGAUGCUUAUUGACAGGUCCAACUUGUUGGAAGAAUCAUUUGAAUACAUUGCACGGGCAGAACCUGAGGCACUGCAUGCUGGUCUAUUUAUGGAAUUCAAAAAUGAAGAAGCUACUGGACCUGGUGUGCUGAGGGAAUGGUUUUUCUUGGUAUGCCAAGCUCUCUUCAAUCCAGAGAUUGCCCUUUUUCUGCCAUGCCCAAAUGAUCGUAGAAGGUUCUUUCCUAAUCCUGCAUCUAAGGUAAAUCGCUUGCAUCUUGAUUAUUUCCGUUUUGCUGGCCGUGUGAUUGCAUUAGCCUUGAUGCACAAAGUUCAAUUGGGUGUUGUCUUCGAUCGUGUCUUUUUCUUGCAAUUGGCCAAAAUUCCCAUUUCUUUGGAAGAUAUAAGAGAGGCAGAUCCACGUUUAUAUGGUGGCCUCAAGCAGAUUCUGGAGAUGGAAGCUGAAUAUAUUGAUUCAGAUGCUUUAGGACUGACUUUUAGUUGGGAGGUCGAGGAGUUAGGAUCCAGGAAAGUUAUAGAGCUGCUACCUGGUGGGAAAAGCAUUGGUGUAAAUAGCAGAAAUAGGCAGGAAUAUGUUGACCACCUUAUUGAGCAUCAAUUUGUAACAUCUGUCUCUGAACAGGUAGAGCAUUUCGCACGAGGAUUUGCUGAUAUUCUUUCCAACUCAAGAGACCAGAAGUUUUUUUUCCAAAGUUUGGAACUUGAAGAUCUUGAUUGGAUGCUACAUGGAAGUGAAAAUGCUAUUUGUAUUGAAGAUUGGAAGGCAUACACCGAAUACAAUGGCUAUAGAGAAAAUGACCCUCAGAUAACCUGGUUCUGGAAGAUUGUUGGGGAGAUGUCCGCAGCUCAGAGACAAGUGCUUCUCUUCUUUUGGACCUCAGUGAAAUAUCUUCCAAUUGAAGGUUUUUGUGGUUUUGCCUCAAAGCUUUACAUUUAUAAGUCCCAUGAACAACAGGAUCGACUUCCUUCAUCUCACACCUGCUUUUAUCGACUGUGCUUACCACCUUAUCCUUCUAUGGCUGUUAUGAAAAAUCGCCUUGAUGUGAUCACACAGGAGCACAUAGGCUGCAGUUUCGGCACUUGGUGACACAUUGUUUGCAUCCGUAUUUGGGAUAAAGGAAGGGUUUUUGACUACAAAUAGAGGUGAGAAUUGUACUCACCUUGUACAGGUUAUGUAUAGGAUGAUAUCAUCUGUUUUGUCAUUAGACUGUGUAAGAAGGCGAUGGUAGUUAAAUUGUCUUUCCUUUCGUAACAUGUCAUUGCGUUUUUGUUUUCUCAACUGUUUAUAUAGGGUAUAUAUUGCGUAAAUAAGGCAGGACUGGGGCAAGAAAGAAGGGAAUUGCUUUCGUGUGAGUUUCCUAGAAUUAACUAAUGCCAUUGUUUUUUAUGUGAUGUAAUUAGAGGUUAUGCAAUGACAUCCAGAUCAACAGAGUUUACUACCCCCAUCCCCAUGGUUCUUUUAUGAGCUUUUUCUUCUAUGUGUAUAAUCAUUUAUUUAGAUUUAUAUAUCAUCAUAAGAUUUAGGUUAUGCUGUAGAAUGUUCACCUGAAAAUAAAUCUUGUUCUUUAUU